UCAUACUUUCCUCAGCAGCAUAAAUAGUGGUAAGCGGAGACGGUUCACCUGGUGUCACUUUACGGCGUCUGUGGAGUACGAUUCAGGGGUCAAAACUGCCUUACGAAAGGACUUUAGGACCAGAGCUGAAGCUUUAAACUACCAAGAAGACUACAGUACAUUCCAAAGGACCGCUCCACGCACUUGGAACCGAGACUCCGACGUUUUCGCGAGCAUAGCAACCCCAACAGCCCUGAAGGAACAGUUUCGGGCUGGAGUAAAUUGUUGUCAAAGCUUUGAAAAGGCCAAAGGUUUCCUGAACCUCUUCUGGGACGCUUUUUUAUCGUUCGGAGUUUCAGCAGCCCUCGUUUGUUGCGGGUAGGAGGAAAGUUUUACACACAUUCUCUGUGCAGUAAGUUGGUCUUCCCGACCACCCCGACUUUUUAAUGUCUGGAGGGUUGGUCCUGUUCCCUGCCGCAGAGUUAGGACGUCUUCAGCGCUGUGGUGGUGACACUUUGCGGCGGUGCUCGAGAGAAGUUCCGAACAGUCUCAACAUGGCGGCCAGCAACCUCGCCCGCGCCGCCUCCAACCCAAACUUGCUGGACUCCGUCAGGACCAUCGGCCCAGAGGAACUCGCAGAGAGGCUGGCGGGCAUGCAGAAGCAGCCGAUAAUGCUAGACUGUAGGUCCUUCAUAGACUAUAAUCUGAACCACAUAAAUGGCGCUCUGAAUGUCAGUUGUUCGGACAGGUUUAGCAAGAAGAGACUCCAACAGGGCAAGGCGUCGCUAGCCGACCUGGUGCCCAACAAGGAGGGCAGGGACAUACUCAUGAACAGGCUGUCCAGAGAAAUUAUUGUUUACGAUGAAAGUACGAGCGAACCAGAACAGAUCCAGCCGUCACAGCCGCUACACGUCGUGUUGGACUCUCUCUUCAAAGAGGGGAGGCAGGCCGCCAUUCUGAAGGGUGGGCUCAAGGAGUUCAAGGAGCAGCACGAGAGCCUCUGCGCCAACAGUCUCAGGAAAGUCAGCAGCGCGUUCGGAGGCGUGCCCGUCGGGGAGGAGUGCGAAACGCCGGACAUUGAUUCCGAACCCCCCUCGCUCGUGCUGCCCUUCAUGUAUCUCGGAAACGAGCGGGACGCGGCGGAUAUCAGGACGCUCUUGAGACUGAACAUCGGGUACAUCCUGAACGUGACGUCGCACAUUCCUCUGCAUCAUGAAGGAUUCUGUGGGAUUAAGUACAAGAGGCUGCCGGCAACCGACAGCCAGCACCAGAACUUGCUACAGUACUUCGAGGAAGCUUUUGAAUUCAUUGAUGAGGCCAGGUCAAGUGGGAGAAACCUGCUGAUCCACUGCCAGGCGGGCGUCUCUCGCUCGGCAACCAUCGCCAUCGGUUACAUCAUGAAGCACACGCGCAUGACCAUGAUGGACGCGUACAAGUUCGUCAAGAACAAGAGGACGGUCAUCUCCCCGAACUUGAACUUCAUGGGACAGCUGGUCGAGUAUGAGACGGCCUUGAACAUCGGGCUCACGCCCAGGGUGCUCUACCCGAGGCUACGCGGCUUGGAAACGAGCGUGUGAGACCACAAACAUUUUUUGUUCCGAGACUCGCCAAGGUCUGGACCUUUCCUUGACUCUGUCCAUCCAUCUUAUCGCCGACAGGGGGACAACAGGAGACCCCACCCCUCAGGGUCGGACCAAGGGGCUCCCCAGAAGAAUAGACUUUUCUUUUUUCUUUGUGUUGUUUUGAGUUUCAAGGCCGUCUCAUUCAGAGGUUGUCAGGCUCCUGCUGAAAUUACAGUGCGGUGAGGUCAGUCCAUUCCUUUCAUGCUGAGGGUCCUUCUGGAGUAAACAUCUGUGCCUCCUACUAGAAGGAGCAGGGCUUGAGAUACUUCUUCCUGCAUGCCUGCACCCGGUGUAGGUAAUAUAAAAAUUUUAUCUGCAGGGCAAGAAGAUUUGUGGAAGUUUAUAUCAAACUGGAAACUGCACAUGAACCAUUUCAAAUUUUUUGUUUGUUUGGUACUUCCCCUGUAAAAUCUGCAUGCAUUCAGUACACAUAUCCAGGUCUUAAACCAGUGCAGGUAGACAUCAUAUUCGGAAACACCUGCACAACUCCAAUGCUACCUACACUGCGCCCGUAUGUACCCAGUACAUGGCCCAGUGCAGGUUAGCUGCAGGUAGACACCAGAAAUACCUGCACAGCUCCAAUUUUACCUGCACUGACCUGUAUGAAAUGCAGGGGGUAUUUCGAGCCCUGAGGAGGAAGUGUUCAGUUCCAGGCACUACAAUGUUGACAUGAUGUCAUAGUCUGUGGCCAGUCCGUUCUCUUUGUGUUGUUUUGAGUAUCUGUAAACAAACAGUUUCUCAUUGUUGUAAGCCGGUUCAUGUUCCCUCCUGGUACUAGUACCUAGUUCGUGGACUGUAUAUAUUUUUGUAUACUUGUAUGAACUUGCUGUCAACUGUGCAGACGGUAACAGAAUGUGUAUUUUGUAUUGUUUUCUCUUGUUACAACUCUGUCAGCAUUGCUGGUGCCAUGUCCCCUACUGCAGCAGGGAAGUGAUACAUCUGGCCAGGUGUGGGACAUUCUUGUCGGAUGAGCAAAGCUUUUAAAGGAAACCAAAUCUGGGUCUCCUACAUGCUCUUUCAGGGCUCAAAAUACCUGUCUAGAAUCUGCAAUUAGCAAAGAAAAUUUCAAAAUUAUGUAAAGAGAUAAGCAACUUGCAGUUUUUCAUACUGAAAAAAUAAAAUUCUUUUAAGGUAUGUACCAGGAAUCAAAAAGCUUGUAUUUCUUAGUUUAGUAGAAUAUGAUUUGAUGAGAGAUGAAUUAAUUCUUAUGAGUUACACAGCUUUGUAUAUUGAUAGUUUUCUUUAGGAUUCAUCUGCAUAUUUGAUAUUUGCAGAGAUUAUUUUUUUGUUUUUGUUUAAAAACGGCAGAUAAAAUUUCUGACAACUCUUGCAGCUUACCUGGAAAAACAGUACUUCGAGCCCUGACUUAUUUUUGUUGUUCUGUACCUGUACUGUGCUCCUAUCUCUCCUCAGUCUGACCAAACCUGUACCUGUCCCAGGCUGUUUGUUUUCCCACCUUAGUUAAUAUUCAACCCUCCUACAUGGCCUUGUUGCUGAGAUGUUCGAAUGUCAUGUGGAAAUUUGCCAAAGACCAAAUCUUAAAGGGGCCAUUUUGUAAAUAUUGUUAUAACCAGAGCGGGGAUUUCAAACGCCUUCAGAAGAGUAGUAGUCCCUGCUCCCCUUUGACUGUCAGAUUUUCAGAAUAAAGGUUCUUUGUAAUUUCCA